GACAACCAUCGACACCUGGUGCUUCAAACGUCUGAACGUGUCUUGUUCACCAAUCGUGCUCAGCUCACCAAAUUGCGAACCCCGCACGUUCUCAGUCUGCCCGCAUUGUAUUUAAAACACAACUGGCCGCUGCGGUAUGUCGGGGUCAACUCGUCCGGGAACCGUAUUGCUGUGGCCGGAUCACACGGAAUCGCACACUAUAACUAUCUCACUCAACGAUGGCAUGUAUUCGGCAACGAGAUUCAAGUAAGUUUGUCUCCCACUCUUACCACAUGA